GAGGGCAGUACGCGGGGGCCAGACGCUUUCCCAUGCUUUUGCUUCGUGUGUAAUCCCUACAGUCAUACAAGCACUUUGAGGCAGAAAGAAGGCUGAAGAAUACUGCCAAAGUUUUCUUCCUGUUUUAGUUAACAAAGAGGUGCGACCAUGGGGAAGGGCUGUAUCACGGCAACCAAGUACUUCCUGUUCCUCUUCAACCUCCUCUUCUUUCUGUUCGGAGCCCUCAUUAUGGGCUUUGGCCUGUGGAUCCUGCUGGACAACCAGAGCUUCAUCGCUGUGUUACAGGAGGAGUCUGACACCCUGAAGGUGGCGUCCUACAUGUUGAUUGGUGUGGGUUCUCUCUCCAUGCUCAUGGGCUUCCUGGGUUGUCUGGGUGCCAUCUACGAGAUCCGCUGCCUCCUCGGCAUGUACUUCACGUGUCUGCUGCUCAUCCUCAUCGCCCAGGUGACGGCUGCCGGCCUCAUCUACUUCCAACGCGACCUGCUGAAGCAAGAAAUGGCCGGCAUUGUGAAUAAGAUCAUGAUCGACUACACGGGGCAAAACAAAACAGCUGAUGCUGCCUGGGACUAUCUGCAGAAGACGAUCAAGUGCUGUGGCUGGACAGGCCCUGGUAACUGGACGGAGAACACUCAGAUCAAGAACAGCUCGUCGACCCUCUUCCCCUGCUCGUGUAGAAACGACACCACCGGGUCAGAGUCCCUGCCGUCGUCAGGCCUGUGUGAAUCCGACACCCCCGAGUGGCCCGUCUACCCCAAGGGCUGCAUAACCAGUGUGGAGGAUUGGUUCCUAAACAACUGCGGUGUAAUUCUGGGGAUCUGCAUUGGCGUGGCUGUGAUUGAGCUCCUGGGAAUGCUCCUGUCCAUGUGCCUGUGCAAGAGUGUCCACCAGGAAGACUACACUAAAGUCCCCAGAUACUGAGAUGAGAUGCCCUGGAUGAAGGAACCAUGCGCUACCCAGCGUGCACUUGUACAUACAUACAAACACACACACACACACACACACACUCACACAUGCACACUCAAAGUGACAGACUUUGAUCUUCUCACCUAUAUCAACCGUUUUCAUUCCCCGCACAACAAAGCAACAAAGAGCUCAAGUCUCUCACCUCCUGACUUUAAAAUCUACCAACACUCCCCCCUACUGCCUUUUUGGCCCUUUUCCCUUUCCAUACUUUUUCACUACACUUUAUGUGACGCAUUACAUGUCUGUUUUGUUCUCGUUCUUGUAUUGGAAGUGAAUGUUUUCGGUUAAAAAAAAAGAAAAGAAAGCGAAAGCGUUGGAGAGCUGUCUCGCCCUCAUCAUGGCUGUAGACAGAAACCCAGAAGUCCGCUCGGCUGUGAAGCGCUUUGUGUUGGCCGUGACACAAGCCCACAGCACCCUCAGCAGAUGCCUGACAGUGAUAGAGUGAUAGUGGGAGAAAGCAGGGAGGGAGGGAAGGAGAGAGAGAUGGAGGGAGGGAUAUAUGGUGGGAA